AUUAACAUGAUUACUAAUUUGAAAUCAUUUAAAUUUUACUUGUAAAACCGUUUAAACUAGGUAAAAUGGAGAUGCCACUGCUGCAAGUCAGACCAAAGGUUACUUAUGGGGGACCGAAGAUUUCUUAAUUGGUGCGUUCGCACAAUACGCACAUUGAUAAAAUCUCCAUCCAAAUCGGAGCUGAAACUGCAAGGAUUACCAGUACAACCGACCCGCAAAGAUGGCCAACCCGAGUCGAUGAGAUUCCAACGUCGAAUCCAAUCCACAAUGGCGGCGUUCAUAGAAAACGGAAUGGACGAUGAAGUGGCACCUCUUGUCGUCUCUCGUUUGGAAUGGUGCAACCAAAUCAACCGCUACCUGGACAUGUUGAAGAAUACGCCAGAGUCAAUCGAGAGUGUGGCGAAUGGCAUCGAGGUCCUGAUGAAUUACCACCAACUUCAUCGAUCGGAAGCGGAACAAGACCUCGUCGAUGCCAUUUUCAGCAGAGCUUUGAGAAACGGAAACAUUUCUCACCUUUACGCCAAACUGUUGAAGCGACUUAGGAGCGGCGACCAGAAAGGCUGGACACAAAACAUCGUCCGUCUCUUGUUCCAACUCGCCGUCGAGGAAUUCAACCGGCCGCUUGACAGUGACGAUGAAAAUGGCAAGUCGAGAGUCGAAAAAUUCAACAACGUCAAACUGAUGGCCGCCAUUUUCAAGAGAGAAAUGCCCGGAGUGCCGGACGGUUGGAUCACAGACUGUGCCGAGACUUUAAUCUACCGUCUCGAGACCGGAGUCACUGAAGAAUCGGUUAAGCAACUCUGCCUCUUCCUGACGACGCUGCUCAUCGCUGAACCCGGAGAAAAUUGUGAUUCGAUUACCCCGACCCGACAGAGACAAUUGCUGACCUGCUUCGAGGCUCUGGAACGAGCGGCAGCUCCACCCAAAGUCCCUCAACAACCGGACGUGAAAAUACAGAAAUCGGAUGCAACGACACAGACGUUGAAACCUGAGAGCGACGAGAGCGACACGGAUUCAGAGACUAAUGGCCUGGAACCUGCUGAAAUCCGCACGAACUCGGCUUCUGCCUCUGACAACCGGAUGAAUUAGAAGAAACCGCCGUAAACUUAAACCGAGAAAAGUUCUGAUCGUACAAUUAAUUUCUUUUUGUCUUCAAUGUAAUACGUUUGAAGCUAUCGAUGAAUUACAAAAAGUCUUUUAAAAAUUUGUUUUUUCUUCUUUUUUUUAACAUUUCACCGUAAAUACUGAAGGUGCAAUACUUAAUUAUUUUUACAGAAACAGCACAUGUAUUUUCCCUUCACGAAACAAAAAACAUUUGUUGACAUUUAGCUAGACCAAUAUGCACGACUCAAGACCCAUCCACAAAUACCAUUGACUCUUCUAUUUUCGGUUGGGAGUUUGGCUCUCUUCAUGUAACAAACGCCAUUGGUCCAUGUAAAAUGGUUGCAAUUGGGGUUAGCAAUGCAGACGCCUCCGCACUGGUCUGCGGAGCUUGGCUUUUGGGCGAUGUCGUUAUUAAUCCAGUCACAGUUCCACAUCCAAAUAGUUUGCCCGUUGUCACCAUAAUUGUACUGACGGACUUGAUUUUCUUCGGCUGAUGACACCCAAGCGACGCCUGCGACCAGCAUCCAAAAGAACCAGCGGAUUUGAAAUG